ACUUCAUUUGGAUUUUUAACAGUUUUCCCACUGAUGUCCUUUUUCUAUUCCAAGAUCCAGUCAAGGAUCCCACAUUGCAUAUAGUUGUCAUUCCUUAGAAAAUAUAUUUAGAAAAAUAUGUAUAAUCUGUCACAUUUAAUCAUUUAGUCAUUAAAAUAAUUCUGGAAGAAAUGUCUUAGUAUUUGUAUUUUCUAGAUGAUGAAACUGAAUCUCAGAAAGGACACAUUAGUUUAAGUAGCAGAACCAGAAGGCAAACCCAGAUCUCCCAUACUCACUUAAGGACACCCUGGUUAUCUGUUUGGACAGUCAGGCAUAUACAGCAAAUGAGAAAAUGAAGCAAGCAGACGCCACUAGUGCAUUCCACAUUCAAGUUUGUGAAAUUUUAAACGAGCCUAGCAGCAUGGCAAAUCACACUCCAGCAAAUUACCUGCUUCCUCCCACCAGCCGCCUGCUGCUUGUGCACCUCUGUGGGCUAGAGGCCACACACAGGAAUUCCAAGGCUAAGAGGGCAAGUUCCAUUCUGCGGGACCCCGGAUCAAACUCCACAAGUUAGAGGAAAAAGAAAGAAAGCCUCCACAGAAUGAAAAUUCGCCCAAGCUAUACAUAGCUCAGGGAAACCCUUGCGGGGCUGACCCUCCCCCAAGCAAGAGUGAAUUCCGCCUUCCAACUGAAGCGUCACCUCUUCCUGCCUGAUGACCUUCAAACUGACAUGCCGCCAUUUCCUGGUUCUUCAGCAGCUUUUGGCCUUCAAACUCAGACUUGAGGAACAUCAGCUCUCCAGAUUUUGGACUUGUCAACCUCCUCCAUGAUCCUUCUUGCAAGCGGAAACUUUGACUCUGAAUUGGAAACAUCCCAGUGACCAGAAUGAAGAGGAAAUCCCAGGACUGCAAGUCCAGAUUGCCAGACAACUCUGCAAUGAAGCAGCAGCAGCUGCCUGCCUUCCGGCUCCAGCUCUCAGCCAAUGAGAUCCUCUCUGGCUUUUUUGCCACAGGGGUCUUCUGCCUUGGCAUGGGCGUCAUCCUUCUGUUGUCUGCAAAGAGCAUCAGAGAAAUAGAGAUUAAUUAUACAGAAAAAUGUGCAAGUUGUGCAAAACUGCGAGAAGAUGCCACUAAUUUUGACAAAGAAUGCAACUGCUCUAUUUCCUUUUACCUUCCACAGAAAAUGGAGGGUAAUGUUUAUCUGUACUAUAAAUUGUAUGGCUUCUAUCAGAACCUCUAUCGGUAUAUUCUGUCCAGAAGUAAUAUCCAGCUGGUGGGUACAGAUGUAAAGGAUGUUAGAAACUGUGCUCCGUUCAAAACCUCUGACGAAGGGCUCCCCAUCGCUCCGUGCGGUGCAAUUGCCAACAGCCUGUUCAAUGACACCUUUGUUCUUUUGUACAACUUUAAUUCAUCUACACAGAUCAAAGUCCCACUGGUAAGGACUGCAACUGCAUGGUGGACAGACAAGUACGUCAAGUUUCAGAAUCCAACUUACCAAAAUCUUUCUCAUGCAUUUGAAGGAACUGCAAAGCCUCCAAACUGGCCUAAGCCUGUCUAUGAACUAGAUGAAGAGGACCCAAGGAACAAUGGCUUCAUCAAUGAUGACUUCAUCGUGUGGAUGCGGACAGCCGCCUUUCCCACUUUCAAGAAACUGCACCGCCGACUCCAUCGAAUAGACAAUUUUACCGAAGGCUUGCCUGCUGGUAGCUAUAGUUUCAUCAUAAACUACAACUUUCCCGUAAGCAGGUUCCAAGGACAAAAAGCACUUGUUCUCUCCACCCUGACGUGGAGUGGAGGCAGCAGCCUUUUCUUAGGCCUCGCCUAUCUGGUGACGGGAGCUGUGACUUUGUUGGCCUUCUUUUCCAUGAUGGCAGUUCACCUGAAGCUGAAAGAAAGGAAAACGUUCUUCCUCCAGUAGUAAAGUCAAGCAUUAAAAAGAAAAACAGAAAAUACAGAAGUGGACAGUGAAGUAAUGGAGCCAAAGAUCUCAAAAUGGGGUCUUCUACCAAGGGGAGCUGGACUGACCGACCAAGUACUCCUCCACAGACAUACAUAAUAAGAGUUUCAAAGUAAAGAGAAAGAAGAGGAGGAGGCAUAGUUAGGUAUAGUAAAAUGUCCUUGGGAUGCGGAGGAUAAAUCAUCCUUGAGUUCUAAA